GGAGGCAUUUGAAGACAGUUGGGUCAGUGAGGUCAGGUGAGAUCCAGCAGUUGCCCACGUAACCUCACACUAGCCAAAGGAUCUGUUCUGGAUCCUCUGGAGAGGCUGAGGGCAAUGUGUGCUGGUUUGCAUCUGGAGAUUUUAGCUGGAAAGGCUGUGGAUUUCACAUCUUUUUACACGGGGGCAAGACAUCUUCACUUGUUGGUUGAUGGUUUUUACUUGGUGUUGUACAAAACACGAGAAUACUUCCCUGUCUGUAGUGCAGUGACUCAGUUCCCUUGUGUGUGACCUAAUUCUAGAUUUAAUGCAGCCUUUAUUCCAGUAUAUCUUUUCAUAAUCCCUUUGUGAUCUGGGAGGUCUUGCUUCUCAGCAGCUGGAAAUCCUGCUCCUGAGCAGGGGGUCUGAGGCCAGGACAUGGGAUUUGGCUUGGAAGGAGUUUCAGGUUUUGACACCUGGGCCAGACAACUGUAGGCUGACGCAGCUUGUCAUCUUCUGAGGAAAAAUUAAUCACAGUGGGAAAAGGUUGGCAGGGCUGUGCUGAUCUUUGUAGGUGUAGGGUAUCAGCUGCCCUGCUUUAUUUGAAGUAGGUUGUUAGUCUGACUUAUUUGCUCCCUCUCUGCCUUCCUUGGGAUUUUGCUUCUGAUCAACUGCUCUUCUGUGACAGCAGCCACUUGGCAGCAGACCUACCUCAAGGCUGCAACCUUGUGCUCCUGCCUCUGCAACCAGCAGCUUAGAGCUGUGUGUGUUUGCCUUAGCAGAGAUCAGGACCAGAGGAAACAUUUGUUACCUUUGAGCAGGAUAGAAAUCCUGCAGCAUGAGAUGGAGAAGUUGGGAGUAUCCUGAGAGUGUGGGGGAGGAUGGGGGAGAACAGUGAAUUCUGGUGGCUCUUGGGAGAAGCUCCAGAGCCAUGGAACAGUGCAAUCCCACAAUGGUGAUGUACAGAUGCCCUGGAGAUGAGGCACAGCGGACUGGUUUGGGGUGAGCAAAGACAGUGACGCUACUCAGAAAUGGCAGAGAAAGAGCCUCCGCCACUGCAGUCUGCGGUAUGGGAAGCUGAAACCUCAGGUCAUCCGAGAAAUGGACUUGCCCAGUCAGGACAAUAUUUCUCUAACAAGCACAGAGACUCCUCCUCCACUGUAUGUUGGACCCUGCCAGCUGGGCAUGCAAAAGAUCAUAGACCCCUUGGCCCGCGGCCGAGCUUUUCGCAUGGCUGAUGACAACGAUGGCUUCAGCAUCCCACACACACCGAUAACACCCGGUGCCACAUCGCUCUGCUCCUUCACCAGCUCCCGCUCAGGGUUCAACCGCCUUCCACGGCGGCGGAAACGGGAAUCUGUCGCUAAAAUGAGUUUCCGAGCAGCUGCAGCUUUGGUGAAGGGGCGCUCAGUGAAGGACAGCACCCUGAGGAGAGCUCAGCGGCGCAGUUUCACCCCAGCAAGUUUCCUGGAGGAGGACACAGUGGAUUUUCCAGAUGAGCUUGACACUUCUUUCUUUGCUCGGGAAGGAGUCCUUCAUGAGGAGCUCUCUACUUACCCAGAUGAAGUGUUUGAAUCACCAUCAGAAGCUGCAAUCAAAGAUGCAGAGGUGAAACCCCAGGAUCAGACAGAUCUCACAGGAGGGGCCUUGGACAAAAAUGAGCUCGAAAGAAGCCACUUGCUACUCCCACUGGAGCGAGGCUGGAGGAAGCAGAAGGAUGGGGCCCUGGCACAGCCCAAGGUCCGCUUGCGGCAGGAGGUGGUGAGUGUCAGCCCACAGAAGCGUGGCCAGCGCAUAGCUGUCCCUGUCAGGAAGCUCUUUGCCAAGGAGAAGAGGCCGUAUGGCCUGGGCAUGGUGGGGAAGCUGACGAACCGCACAUACCGCAAACGCAUCGACAGCUAUGUCAAGCGGCAGAUCGAGGACAUGGAUGAUCACAGGCCUUUCUUCACUUAUUGGGUCACCUUUGUGCAUUCACUCAUUACCAUCCUCGCUGUGUGCAUCUACGGCAUUGCCCCUGUGGGGUUCUCGCAACAUGAAACUGUUGAUUCAGUCUUACGAAACAGAGGGGUUUAUGAAAAUGUCAAAUACGUUCAGCAGGAAAACUUCUGGAUUGGCCCCAGCUCAGAGGCCCUGAUCCACCUCGGGGCCAAGUUCUCACCGUGCAUGAGGCAGGACCAGCAAGUGCACAGCUUCAUCAGUGCCAAGCGGGAGAAGGAGAAGCACUCUGCUUGCUGUGUGCGGAAUGACAAAUCGGGCUGUGUGCAGACCUCAGAGGAGGAGUGCUCUUCCACGCUGGCCGUGUGGGUGAAGUGGCCCCAUCACCCCAGCACACCGAUGUUGGCAGGAAACAAGAGGCAGUUUGGGUCUGUUUGUCAUCAGGACCCCAGGGUGUGUGAGCAGCCAGCCUCGAUGGAGCCACAUGAGUGGCCAGAUGACAUCACCAAAUGGCCGAUCUGCACAAAAAACAGUGCUGGGAAUUACACCAACCACCUUCACAUGGACUGUGUGAUUACAGGCCGGCCCUGCUGCAUUGGGACCAAAGGAAGGUGUGAAAUAACCUCCCGGGAAUAUUGUGAAUUUAUGCGGGGCUAUUUCCAUGAAGAAGCAACACUCUGCUCUCAAGUGCACUGCAUGGAUGACGUCUGUGGACUUCUCCCUUUCUUAAAUCCAGAAGUCCCUGACCAGUUCUACCGCCUCUGGCUCUCACUUUUCCUCCAUGCUGGGAUCCUGCACUGUCUGGUUUCAGUCUGUUUCCAAAUGACGAUCCUGCGGGACCUAGAGAAGCUGGCAGGAUGGCAUCGCAUCUCUAUCAUCUACCUUCUCAGUGGCAUCACUGGGAACCUUGCCAGUGCAAUAUUUCUACCCUACAGAGCAGAGGUUGGCCCUGCAGGAUCCCAGUUUGGGAUUCUGGCCUGCCUCUUUGUGGAGCUCUUCCAGAGUUGGCAAAUCCUGGCACGCCCAUGGAGGGCUUUCUUCAAGCUGCUGGCUGUGGUGCUCUUUCUCUUUGCAUUUGGCCUCCUGCCUUGGAUUGAUAAUUUUGCUCACAUUUCAGGAUUUAUCAGUGGUUUCUUCCUCUCCUUUGCCUUCCUGCCCUACAUUAGCUUUGGGAAGUUUGAUUUAUAUAGGAAGCGAUGCCAAAUUAUAAUUUUCCAGCUCAUCUUCAUUGCACUCUUCUCAGGACUGGUGAUUCUGUUCUAUUUCUACCCCAUCAAGUGCGAGUGGUGCGAGUUCCUCACCUGUAUACCAUUCACAGACAAAUUCUGCGAGAAAUACGACCUGGACGCACAGCUCCACUGAAAGGCAAAGGCUGGCUUCUCGAGCAGGCACUGGAGAGAGAUGUCUUUGCGUUUGCUGUGCCAGUUCCAUGUGGACAAAGCCUCUAAUCCAAUGACACUUCUAACCCUGCCCAUGGUUAAUUUAAACUGUCUCCUUAGCACUUGGCAGGCAUGUUUUUGCCUUAUCUCAGAAGACUCUGAAAACGGAACAUUUGUGCCUUGUUCAAUUGUAUUGAACCUUUUUUGCUGCCAUUAUUUUUAUUACACUAGUUUCAAUACUACAUUUUUAACCAGAGUUGUUUACUACUGCUGAGGUGGUGAUUAAAUGGUAAGGUAGCGUUUUAGCUACUGUUAAUUGUU